UUCCAAAUAUGUGUGUUCAUCUACAGCUAUCAAAUUCCAAUCAAUUCAUAUAACUUCUAUAUGCCAACUCCCACAAGUUAGUUCCAGACGUUCCUUUAAAGUUUCUGGCACUGAAUAUUCCUAUUAUUCAACGGCUGUUGGUUACCAUCUAUAUCAGUGCAGUGCUUUAACAUAUAGGAUAUGGGAAGAGAAGAAGUGUUUAAACAAGAUAAUGUAGUCAGGAUGUCAGGGUUCAUCUGGGAAGAUGAGACACGGCACGCGGUUCUGGAGGGGCACGCAACACUGGAACGUACAGCAGAAAGCCUUGCUCGUUCGCAGCGCACGGCUGUGGAGACCGAACGAAUCGCAGAGGAAGUUGUGUCAGAGUUGGGUGCACAGAGAGAGACGUUGCUGCAUAGCAAACGGAGACUUACGGACACAGAUCAUGAACUGUCACAGACCCGUGUCCUGCUGCGCAAGAUGACGCUUCAUGUACUCACCAACAAGAUCAUCCUCAUUUUCAUCAUUGUGCUUGAGAUUUGCAUCUUGGCUGGUGUCUGCUACAUUAAAUUCUCUCACUAAUGAUGUGUGUAAUUUCCAUGACCUCACUGAUGUAAAAUGGUGAGUUCAGUCAGAUCAAUCACUUUUGUCCUCGUCUUCAUAGCAUACUGAGACAAUGUGCAAAGAAAAAGAGCUGUUUGGUACUAGUCAUAAAGAAUAGGGGGUUGAAGUCAAGCAUGAACAGGUGCACUGCAAGGACAGCUGGAUGAGGAGGUAAACCGAAUGGUUCUUGGUAGGAAGCAGACUUUGAGUGCCUUAACAUGUGGUACCUCAGACUUCAAGAGGAACCUGACAGAAGCAAAGACAUUGUGGCUGCAGAUGGGUGACUGUGGACACUCCAUAAAUAAGAGGGAACAGCAGGUGUACAGCUCUGCUACGAGGCACCGCCCAGCAAGUGCCUCCCUCAGUCUCCCAAGAGAUGGCCUGAAGUGGAGUAGGAAAUACCUCAUGCAGCUGCUUUUUUAAGUGCAUGGAGAACCAGCAACUGAAAUCCGUGUGCAUCUACAAAUGUUGGCAGCCAUGCUUUAAGAACAGAACCUCAGUUUCACAAGUUAACACAUCUUUAACUUGAGGGAGAAUGUGCUAAGCAAAAACAAUUUUCUUACUUUCUCCAUGGAGUUGAGACCUUCCUGAGAAGCCAACAGUUGCUCAGCCACUCAAGAAAUUCCCAACAUCUUAUGGAUCCUGAAGGUCCAGAUAUUCUCCAAAGGAUCCUGUUCUCAAAUAUCCUCGGUCUACAUUCCUCCCUUAGUGUCAGAGACCAAGUUUCACACCCAUAAAAACUACAGGCAAAAUUAAAACUUCUGUAUAUUUUAAGCUUUACAUUUUUGACAGCAGACAAGAAGACAGAGGUUUGUGAACUAAAUGAUAGCAAGCAUUACCCAAAUUUAAUCUGCUCUUAAUUUCCUCAUGAAUCAAAUUUUGAUUUGUUACUGUUGCUCCCAAGUAUCUGACCUUUGCCACGUUUUCAAAGAAUCCAUUAGCUAUCUAUUGUUACGAUUUUGCCCUGCAUUCUGGUGACAAGAUGUCAACGUAUACUUAGUUUUCUCUGUGUUUACUUUUAGACCAAAGUGAAAAUAACAUAUAAACACACACAGAGAGAGUCCCAUAAGUCUGCAUCCAUAGUCAUUAUCAGAAUUGUAACACAGCUGUUACACAUGCAGAUGUUCCUGCCAUUCUAAUAGCGUGGCGUGAGGUCUCACUGCAUGCAUCGAUAGUUCCACUUCUCAACACCAUGUACUUCAUCAGCAUACGCCUUGCCUUUCAGAUGGUCCCACAGAUGUCAGGUCAUGGGAUCCUGGUGGCCAUUCCAUUGUUUCAUGAAAGUGUUCAUCGAGCCAUUCAAGUGCAUUGAAUAUGGUUCCAGGAUUAUAGGACAUUCUGUACUUACAUUUCUGAGAAAGGGCCUGGAGUUUUCAAAAUCUAUGUAUACAGUGUGACUCAUAUUGUUAAACUGUGUUUUGUCUGGGCCCAUUUGCAAGUUACUUCUCUCUCUUUGUCAGCCUGUAUUUGAGUGAGUUGAUUUCACUACCAACCUAAUAAAAACCAUCAUGCUACAUAA